UGAAGAUGACGAUGAGGUAUACAGCGCGCCCAAAGUAAGCAAAUUACCCACGGCCCAUGCCACUCGUGCAAGUACCCGCGCCCAAACACAGAAAGUCACCAGAGACGACAUUUUGGACGUUGCCAAUCGAGGUGAUGUUGCGAGCGCUACGACGAGGGGUACUGGGUUGAAGAGCGCUGCGACGAAGAGUACUGCGACAAAGAAAGAGAAUCCUGCACCACGUCGACCCGCUCCACGAAAGAAAGCAGAAGAGACCGGUGAUUCCAACGACAAUUUGGAUACCGACCCGAUCUUUGUGGAUAGGACACACCGCUCUGAUCGACUCCAGCUAGUGAAGCCGCCUGCAGUAGAGAAAGCGAAGGCUCCCCGUAUGACAGACAAGGGUGCACAGCUCAUGAGCGCGAUUUCUACUCCCCAACAGUAUGGACACCAUCCAUAUCUCCAAGCGACCUCGAGCUGACAUCUCCAGUACUACCGAGCCAGUCGCCAUCAAGGCUAAGAACGAGCAAAAGACACCUCACGAGCGACCUCAUUCCAAUCCAUCAUAUAUCCGUGCUCACGAACCAGGUACCACACCACGGCACCCGAUCUCGCUCAAUGAUGACGACGAUGACUCUGAUGGCGAAGGUGUCACUGGUGAGCUGCUGGAUACUAGCUACAACGAUAUUGUCAAUGAGACGAUGAGCCAAGAGGCAAAACAGAAGCAGGACACUUCACUUACCACAGAACCAUCUUUUGCCUCUUCGUCCGGAGAGGCUCGAGGUUCCUUGAUCCGCCAGCAUCCAUCUCCCACCAGCACCCAGCAUCCAGGUCCCCUGGUAGAAGAACACGCUAACCGCAAGCCAAACAUCGUGGGAUUUACCCAUGCUGGACUCAAAAACCAAGGUACGGCGAACAAACGUGAUAGUCGGCCAGACCCAGUCCUAUCAGUCGAAGCAGACACUUCCUCCCCGAAUCUCGAUCAGUUCAGCGUACAAGCGUCGACAGUGCCUGGCUCGCACAAGCGGUUGACAGUAGCGUACGAGGCUCGAGUAACUGAGCUACCUGUGCAAGAUCACACUGUCCUUUCCGUGGAUGUGUCUGCCGCACCCGAGGAGACCAUUGCAAUCAUCCCGGAGCCCACAGUCGAUCGAUCUCGAAAAGCAGUGGCGAGUCUCGAGACGUCGCCAGUCGAAAAGAAGGGUCUGACGGCGUUCGAGACGUUAGCAAAACCAGCUAUAAGUGGGCAUGCGCGACGGAAGCCAACCAGAGAUUUGGCCCACUCUCAUGAGAGAGAGCAUGUCGAAACCACUGUCCGUUCCAGGCUUCCCAAGAGCAUGGCUAGGGACAGCUCCCACCGUGCAACUACGGAGCUCGAGGAUCGUGUUCAGAAGCCAAAGACUACGCUCGGAGCUUCUAUUGCGCUGCUCCAAGAAGAAUCAUCAAACCAGAUUGCUCGAGACGCAAAAUCUCCAGUUGCCGACAAUCCAGUACAGAGCUUAUCUAAGCACAGAGAAUUGAACCCAGCUACACAGCUCUACGUAGUGCCAAGCUCAGACGCCCCCAACUUCAACGACUACGAUGAGCCCGAACAAGUUCUCAGCGAGCCCGCCAGACCGCUGUCGAUUCAAGACCCGCCAAGAAGAGAAAGUAGUAGAGCUUCUGUGCCUCUGGUACAGAAAGAACAAACGAGGACUAAGAACACCCAGUCACAACUCCAUCAACCAGCAUUGCCAGUACCCAAUCCGAAACGACCAGCCCCCGAGAUGACUAAAGGUCCUACGAAAAUUCUGAGAACACUAAGAACAAGCACACGUGAGUCCGAGCCGCAGUUCGAUAUCUCAGCAGCAGCAGCAGCAGCAGCAGUAGCAGCACGUCCGGUCAUGCGAAGAGUGUCCCAAGUUGCCAACAAUGGAUCUCCUAUAGCUCACGGAGAAUAUUUACCCCAGUCAACUGAGCGCAUCGAGCACAAAAGGAACAAGAUGGCACCAACAACUUCGAUACCACCCCUGCGACUCACUCAACAAAACGAAGUUGAUCCGUUUGAUGAAGUCCUGGCUUUGAAGCCAAGACAGAAAGUCAGACAUGAGAGUCCUCUGGAAAAAAUUCAGGACGUGGACCAGAGUCCCCCUGAGCAGAACUCACAAGCCAUCACGCACAUCGGAUUUGAUGGAGAAACCCGAGCAAAUGCCAAAUGCAUUCCGAUUCUUGAACCUUUCCAAAGGCCUACAAUGGCUGCACGCUCCAAGGGGCAGGUAAACCCGCCUCAAAGAGCUCUCACUUCACACACAUCGCUCGGUUUGAUGGAUGCGUUACGAUCAGAAGUGGCUCCCAAAUCAGGACAGCGAGGAAGGAACGAAGACGAUGAUGGGAAGGAACUUCGCCAAGCGGACGAACCUCGUGAUGAAGACGACCCAGACAAGACACUGGUCAACCGAGACUCGGAUGACGGCGAUGAUGAUGACGAUGAUUCUCAGUCGCGAGACUCUUCAGACAUCAGUGGAGACGAAUCGAAGAGCGCUCUGUCCAUGUGGAGACGGGAGCUUGAGUCGCAUCAAGGAGAUGUCUACGAACAGCUGGUACGUAUGGCCCAUCGUUUGACGAAUCAUCUAAAGGAUCACGAAACGGCCAUCAAAGACAUCGGUGCAGAUUACACUCAAGAUGGAAGACGUUUGGUCAAACGCUUCGAAAAGGACAAUGAGGAACAACUUGAAGAGUAUUGUCAGAAAAUGGCAAAAAUUGAAGGUGCUUUUGUUCUCGGAUGCAAGCAAGUGUACGGUUCGCUGCAAAAAGACGUGAAGGAGGUCAUGUCGAGCAGUGAGAGAUAUGUCAAGGCACUGCACAAACAGGUGGAUGCAGGCGGAAGACUGGAUCAGAUCAUGCGGACAUAUCACCCGUGAUGGGCAUUAGGUGGAAGAGGUUGCUGUUCUGACAGACAGAGUCAAGGUCUUGGUAGUUUUGCUAGGUGAUAAUUGCUGCAUAAAUAUACAUGAACAUCAUGAAGCC